AUGAAGGAUAUACAAGAAACUGCUGAACAAGCAUAUAAGCAUCCUGAGUCAUCUAAAAAUGAUUUAUCUUUGAAAAACAAUCAUGAAAUAGUUGAUAAAAAUUCUAUUUUCCUGAAAAAAAUGCUAUUAAAUCCAAUGUAUGCAAAGACAACACAACAUGAUACUCUAGUCAAAACGGGGCCAAAUUCCUUAAAUGAUGAUGAUUUCAAACAAAGAACUCUUCCAUUUAAUUUAUCUAAUAUAAAAAAAAAGCAUAAUCUUCCAGAGACAUCGUCUAAAUACGAAGAUGUUUCUAAACAGGAUUCUGUAUAUAAUAAGGUAUUAUUAAAAGAGAAAAAUAGCAAAAAAAAUUCAGAAAAUGCCUUUGAGGUAUGUAUUCGUGAGAAAAAUUCUUCAAGAUUUUUGAAUUUUAACAAUAAUUCGCACAAUUCUUUAUUACAAGUGGGCACUUCAAUAGACUCUCAGUUAUCAAUAUCUAAUAAAAAUCCUUGGAGAAAUAAAUUAUCUGAAUUUUCUCCUCCUACAAAACGAAAAAAAGCUUCUCAAGAAUCUCAUGAGAAUGAUGAUUCUGUUAUUUUUACUGGGCCCGAAAAUCCAUUUAUUAAUUCUACAGAUACGUUUUCCAAUGCUACUAAAAAGCAGAAAAUAUUGCAAUUGAAUUUUAAUCAAACAAAUACACCCAUACCUAAUAAUACUUCAAAGGAUUUUGUUAAAUUUAAUCAAAAAAGAAAUAAUUUAGAUCAAAAUAAUGGAGGUGUUAGUUUACUUUUUUCAGGCCUGGAAAAAAUUCGCAGAGAAAGAGAGGAAUUAGAAAAGGAGCUUAAUAUUAAGAAUGCUGAAUUAUUGCAUACUAAUUCGGAGCUUUUAUCUAUAAAACAAAAAACAAAAGAUAUAAAAUUUAAAUUUUCUGAAUUCCAAAAAUUUCUAGAUGGAUUAGCUCGUGAUCAUAACUCUCUCCAUAAAGAAAUUAUAAAAUGGUCGAAUGAAAUAAAAUUAUUUCAAACGGAUAUUAUAAAGUCUCGUGAAAGUCUUCAAGGAAUUAUAAAUCAAUGCGAAAUCCUAACUAAUCAAGGAAAAUUUAACUCUAAACUUCAUAGAAAACUUGCUGAAGUAAAAGAGGAAUUAGUAAAACAAAAUAUGUAUCGUAAAAAUCUUCAAGAAAAAUAUUCUAAGGAUGCUGAUCUUUUGGCUGAAGAACGAGAUAAGGUUCGUAUUUUAGAAAAUCAAUUGAUAAAUGAGAGAGAAGAAAAAGAUAACCAACGUAAUAAAUUUUUAAAAGAACAGGAAAUAGUAGAAAAAUUAUUUCAAAGUUUUCAUGAAGAGACUCAGAAAAAUGAAAAUAUAUUGAAGAAUAUGUUUUCGUUAUGGACCAACGAAGCAAGAGCAAUAGAACAUAAUAUCUUACAUGAAAUAAGUUUGAAUUUUCAAGUUGGGCCAAAUAUUUUAGAUCCUUUUCGAAAAAUAAUUCAAGAAAAUUUGGAAAAAUAUUCAAAAGAGUAUCUUUCUGUCUAUUCUGACAUUAAAAGUUUUCAUUCAAAUAUUCUUUCUUUUAAUAAACGUAUUGAGAAUUUUGAAAAAGGAUUAAAAGAAACAAAUAUAUUAAUAAAAGAUAAAGAAAAGCAUAAUUAUAUAGGAAAAAUAAAAGAUUUUAUUGAAUUAAUUCAACCUUUUCGAUUAGAAAUCGAAGAACUCAAAUUGCAACUUGGAAAUUAUGAAACAAAUUUUAAAAAAGAGUUAUAUUUAAAUGAAAGUCAUUCAGAUAAAUUUCUAAAUAUUCAGAAAAUUUCUGAAAAGUUGAAAAUUUCUGAGAAAAACUAUGAACAGGUUUCUAAUGAAAAUAUUAUGCUUAAAAAUAUUCUAGAAGAUAUGAAACGAGAAUUAAAGAGCACAAAAGAUGAAUGUGAUUUUUUAAAGAACAAAUUGAGGAAUUUAGAAAGUUCGAAUUCUUUAUUUCUAGAUUCGGCUAAAAAUAUUGAAGAUCUUAAAAAACAAUAUGAAAAACAAAUAGCAGAACAUGAAAGGCGUUCUUUGAAAUUAAAAGAAACGGAGCAGGCAAAAUUUGAUAAUAUAAUAAAAUCUAAGGAUAAUAAAAUUAAUAAAUUAGAAAAAGAAGUCUCAAUUUUAAAAUCUUUAAAUACUAUUGAUGUCAAUAAUAUGAAAGAAAAUGAUAAGAUUAUUUAUAAAGAAAAGUUAAUCAAUAUGAUUGGAUUGGAAAAAACUGAAUUAAUUGAUAAGAUUACUGAACAAGAUAACGCAAUAAAUUUAUUAAAAAAUGAAAUAGAAAAAUUACUUAACACGAAUUGUUUAAUGGAUGAUAUUAGUAAAAACUUUCAAAAAAACAAAAUUUCUCAAUCAAGCAAUAGAAUAAUUUAUCAAACUUCAAAAAAAAUGAAUAACAUUUCUAAAACUACUAAUACUACUUCUGUUUAUUUACCAUCUCAAAUGAUAUCUCCACCAAACGAAAAUAUAAUUAAAGAAACAUACUCUAAUUCUUUAGAACAUUCAAAUACUGGGAACAAUAAAACCAAACCAAGGUUUACAAAAAAUGUUAAAGAUGGUUUACAACAGGAAGCUAUUUCUGAUAAAAUGGAGCUUUUAGAUAAAGAUUCUAUUUCGGAUUUUCCUAAAAUAUCUGAAAAUUUAUUGACACCAUCUGAUUCUAAUAAAUCUUUAUCAUUAGAAAGAUAUGAUUCUUCCUUAACUAUACCGGAUAAUGAUGUUAAUAUUCAACAUGAGGCUAUUGUUUCCUCACAAUUAAACUUACAAUCCUCACCAUUUUUAGAAAAAAAUAAAAGUAUCGAAAAUUAUAAUAAUAUACACGAAAAUUAUACUAAAGAAAAUAUUGAUGCUACUUUUUCUGAAUAUUUAUCUAUAGAUACUACAAAAAAUACGGAAAAUGUUCCUUUAAAAAAGAAGAAUCAAGAUAAACAAAAGAAUUUGAAAAAGUUAUCGAUCGAAUAUCCUAAUAAUGAUUCUAAUUUUUGGCCUACAGCAGAAUUAGAAAAUUCUACUGAUCAAAAAAGCUACUCAACUAGAAAUAUAACUAAUACAUAUAAGAAAAAAAAGGUAGGGAAAUAUUUGUAUUAACAUAUUAAUUUCUAUAUUUAAAUGGCUCUU